AUGGCAGCGGCGACUAUUUCUAUAGAGCAGGACCAGUUUUGUUGUUCGGUGUGUCUAGAGAUCUUGAGAGACCCGGUAACGAUCCCGUGUGGACACAGCUACUGUCUAGACUGCAUCGAAGACUACUGGAACAGAGCUAAACAUAAAGGCCAGUACACCUGUCCUCAGUGCAGGCAGGUGUUCAACCCCAGACCUCUGCUGAACAGGAACACGGUGCUCGGAGAGGUGGUGGAAAAGUUACAAACGGCUCCGCGCGAGUCCAAACCAGAUGAGGUGAAGUGCAGCGCGUGCACGGUGAAGAAGACAGCGGCUGUGAAAUCUUGCCUGGCGUGUUUAGAGUCCUACUGUGCGCCUCACCUGAAAGCCCACGAUGAACGCUUCCAUGGAAAGGCCCACAUGUUGAUCCCAGCCUCCGAUGAGCUGAAGGAGAAGCUGUGUCCACAGCAUGACAAGUUACUGAGGCUGUACUGUCGCACUGACCAGCAGUAUGUGUGUUCACAGUGUGUGAAAGGGAGACACAAGGGCCACGAAGCAGUCACGGUGGUGGACGAGAGAGCAGCACAACAGAAAAAACUCCAGGAAUCAUCUUUGAAAUCUCUGCACAGACUGAAGGACGCAGAGAAAGAGCUUCGAUAUGUUGUCAAAUACAUAAAGCACUCCACAGAGGCCGUGGUGGAGGAGAGCGAGAGGAUUUUCACCAGGAUGAUCCGCUCCAUAGAGAAGCAGAGCAGCGAGGUGAAGGAGCAGAUCAGAGGACAGCAGAGAGCCGCCGUCAGUCAGGCUGAGGAGCUGCUGGAGAAGAUCCAGAGGGAGACGGUGGAGCUGAGGAGGAGUGAAGCUGAGCUGGAGAAGCUCUGUCGCACCGAGGACCACCUCCACUUCCUGCAGAAGUCUAAGUCUCUUCACUUCCCAGUGAUGACUGUGGAAAUGCCAAGCACCGACUCUCUUCAGUAUCUGAUGUAUAAAACCAUGAGAGGAGCUCUGGCAGACCUCAAAGACAGUCUGGGUGAAACACUAGAGAAAGAAUUCAGCAGAAUCUCUGAGAAAGUUAAUUCACUGAAGGAAACCAGCAAUCAGAUAACUUCAGAAAAGGCCAAAACAGCAAAAGACAAUGCCAUACCCUACAACCUUGACCCAAAGACAAGAGCUGAUUUUCUACAUUAUUACAACGAAGUAGCCCUGGACCCAAACACAGCCAACCCUUACCUGUCCUUCUUCGAGGGUCGCAGAGGAGUGACCACACGCUUAGAGCCUCAGUCAUACCCAGACCACCCACAACGUUUCACCAGCUGGGCUCAGGUGCUGUGCAGAGCCGGAAUGGCCGGACGCUGCUACUGGGAGGUGGAAUGGGCCGGUAACGGAGGGGUUUCUAUUGGUGUUUGUUACAAAAAUAUGAACAGAAGUGGAGGAGGGAGCGACAGCAAACUCGGACACAACUCCAAAUCCUGGAGCCUGGACUGCUCCCCGUCAGUGUGCUCAUUUCAACACAAUAAAGAGAGUGUGAGCAUCUCUGCUCCAUGCUACAGCAGGAUAGGAGUGUAUCUAGACUUUAGGGCUGGAACUCUGUCUUUCUAUAAUGUUUCUGAUACAAUGGUUUUACUCCAUAAAGUAAAGGCAUCGUUCACACAGCCUGUUUACCCAGGAUUCUGGGUAGGGUUGGGCUCUACGCUGAAGCUUUGCUCUCUUUAAAUCUAAAAACUUAACAGCAUCACAGAGU